AAAGAAAGUCGACCGACGACGUCGCGUUGAAGUCAGUUAGAGAAGAGAAGAGAAGAGUGGUUAAUAAUAAAUUUAAAGGGAAGCACGAGUUUUGACGUUACUCUCUAAACUCUAUAGAUCCAAGAAACUCUCACACUUCGUUGAUCUUUCAUCUUCGCCGCCGGAUUUAGAAGUUUUACUUCUGCUCAUCAAACUUUUCCAGGUUAGGUUUGGAAGCAGAUAGAAGAAGAAUGGGGAGAUCAUCGCCAAGGAGAGGGCAGAGAUCAAAGGGAUUCAAGGUCAAACACUGUCUUCAGUUCACUCUCUUGCUCGCUGUUGGCAUAUGGCUGCUUUAUCAGCUCAAGCAUUCUCAUGAUGAUGACAAGAAGGCUGUGUUUGAUGAGAGUGCUGCAAAGACUGAAGUGGUGAAGAUGGGAAGGAAAGAUCUUAAGUUUAACCCUCGAGUUGAGGGGACUAAGAAGAAUGAUGAAGUGAUCAAGAGUGAAGAGAUUUUAGAGAGGGAGGAGGAGAGAGGCGAGGAGAAUGUGGUAGAAGGGGGUAAUGAUAAGGAAACUCAAGGAACAGGGAAUGAAGAAAGCGAGAGUGCGAGUGAUGAUGAGAGUGAUGAAGAAGCUAGAGAGAAGAAUUACAAGGGUGAUGAUGCUUCCAGUGAGAUGGAGGAGAAGGGUGUAAAAGUGGGAGUGGAGGAAGAGAGUAAGGGUAACAACACUACUGAGACUGUCAGUUUCCAUGAAGACGAGUCUGGUCCAAAGACUGAACAGCUAGUUAAAGAUUCUCUUAUUAAUAAUAAUGUUUCUUCCAACACAACCGAGGAGACUGGUGGUGAUGAUGAUAAGCAACAAGAGACCAAGAAUGAGUCGGAGGAGAACGCUAGUUUAUCAGGAGGUAACAACGAGUCUGAUGAAACAAUAACUAAGAGUGUCGUGUUGGAGAAGGGGUUCUCUGAUUCUAAUGGCGAAUUGCCUGAGAGUAACCAGUCAACUACUUCCAAUGCAACUGAAAAGACCACUGGUUAUCAGGAAACCAAAAACGAAGUAGAAGAGCAGGAGAAGACACAGUCUUCUCAGCUCUCAUCUGAAGUGGAAAGUAAAAGCAAAGAGGAAGAACCCCAGGAAAAGAAGAAAGAGGACUCUUCAUCCCAAGAGGAGAGUAAAGAGGAAGAGCCACAUAACAAGGAGAAAAAAGAGCCUUCAGCCCAAGAGGAAAAGGAGAAAGGAGAGGCUUCUUCACAAGAGGAGAAUGAAAACAAAGAAACUGAGAACAUUGAGAAAGUAGAGUCUUUGUCCCAAGAGGAGAAUGAGAGCAAAGAAACCGAGAACAAGGAGAAAGUUGAGGCUUCUUCACAAGAGGAGAAUGAAAGCAAAGAAACCGAGAAGAGGGAGAAAGAAGAGUCCUCAGAAUCUCAGCAUACGGUAAACGCUAACAGUGAGAAGAAGAUUAAACAGGUGAAGUCUACUGAUCCUUCAGACACACAGGAAAAGAGAGACGAACAAGAAACUGAUGGAAGCAAGAGUCAUUCUGGCAACGAGCAAAGCAAGUCAGCUUCUGACGAUGUAAAGGAAACAGAGAAUGACACAUCAAAAACAGAGUCGGAUAAGGAGAAAAGCAACAAAACUGGUGUAACAGAGGAGUCCCAGAGCGAUCAAGAACAUACCAAGGAUGCUCGAACUGAUCUGAAAACUCAGCCCGAGUCUAACAAUGGAUUCACAAGCGACAAAGUCGCUGCUGAAUGAGUCCCUUAACCAAAGUUGUCUAUCAUGUACUGUACACAUACUCUAAACACUUUUUCAUGUAAUGGGAACUAAAUCCCAAUUAGUAGUACUGAGUUAUAAAAUAAAACCUCAUCUCCAGUUCUGUCUCAA